GGUCUCCCCACGCCCGCCCCGGCGCGAUGCUGCCGGCUGGCCGCUGGCUGCUGCCGCGCCUGCCCCGGGCGUCCCCGGCGUCCACCGCUGCCCAGAUACUGUGUGUAAGGCUAACUGGAAAUAGGACAUACCAUCAAUCACGCCUUUACAGUGUACGGGUGCCAUCUGAUGAGGUAGUCAUUAAUUACAGAUACGGCCUUCCGAUGAUAACCCUGACUUUGCCAUCAAGACAGGAGCGCUGUCGCUUUACAGUCAAACCCAUGUUAACCACCGUUGGUUCCUUCCUCCAGGACGUCCAGAAUGAGGACCGAGGUAUUAAAACUGCAGCGGUCUUCUCCACAGAUGGGAACAGUAUUCCAACUUCAACCCCAAUGGAGAUUUUGCUUAUGAAUGAUUUUAAACUGAUGAUAAAUGACAUGACAUAUGAUGUUCAGUGUCCUAGGAAAGAAAAACUGAGUAGUGAGCACACGACUGACAUGGAUGACAUCAGGGCCUUGGUACAGAGAAUGUUUACUGCCCUGCACGUGGAGGAGCAUCAGGUCAAGACAGAACACAGCUUGCUAGAGAGGAUUGAAGAACUGAAGGAGCAGCUGCAGCCCAUGGAGGAGCUGAAAGCUAAAAUUGAAGCUGGCUCAGAGGCCAAAACCAACAGACUCUUGUGGACGGGGCUGGCCUUGAUGUCCACUCAGGGUGGAAUCCUGGCGUGGCUCACGUGGUGGGUAUACUCCUGGGACAUCAUGGAACCCGUGACCUACUUCAUCACUUUUGGCAGCUCCAUGACCUUCUUUGCUUAUUUCCUGCUCACUCGACAGGAUUAUUCUUACUCCCUCAUUAAGAACCGACAGUUCCUCUAUUUCUUCCACAAAAGACUGAAGAAGAAAGAUUUUGAUGUGCAACAAUACAAUAAGUUAAAAGAGGAUCUUGAAGAGGCUGAAGAGUCUCUGCAGCGUCUGCGCCAGCCUCUCUAUUUGCGGUUACCAAUCCAGGAAAUCAAAGGGAAGAAUUGACAUCUGCUUUUAUUCUUUUAUGAAUGUUUAUUACUUUGUCUUGGGAACUGGAUAGUCAAUGACUCUGUUAUUAUAGAUUUGAAUGUUUCAAUAAGGAACAAAUAAACUUUUUUAGUUAAUGAAGUUUUUUUUA